GUUUCAAAUAAGUUUGAGUUCAGCAUAGACGCGCGGACGGUCAGACGGCGGAUCAGAUUCAUAUGAAAUGUUUAUCAACUACGUCUACGAAGGCUCGGAUAGUUUGAAUUUGUGUUUGCAUGAUAAAGAAUAUAACGUUUCCGAGUGUCAUAAACUAUUAGUUCGUGAAUCUUGCACAUUUUUGACGAGUGUUUCUGAUCUGUGUUGCAGCAGGUGGUUUUAUUUGAGUUUUCGAUUACCUGUACAUCAUCAGACCCCUCGAAGGUGAUAAUAUUUCCGAGUUCCUUGGUUUCAACGCCAAUCGAGCAUCACCAACUGUGAAGAAGUAGUACUUGAAGAGGAGAGCUGAUCCAGCUGAGUCUAGUUUAUUGUGAUUUUAAUUUUAAUGAUAAAAAGUGAUAUUAUGUAUAAUUUAAACGUAGACUUGGCUACUUCGGCCCAAAACGCCGUCAACAGCCUCCUGGUAGACAGUACAUCAAGCACACCGCGCACGCCAGAGAUCCUAAAUUCCCUUAUAGCCAUGACCAAUCCCCUGGACAACUAUUCCUUUAACGAUUCCACGAAAAAGACUCCGACCAAUGGUACAGCGAGUGGGCAUUUCAAUUCCAGUAGUGAUUCCAACAGCUCAAGUAGCAGCCAGGUGGAAUCACCAACGACGAACCCACCAAGUGUCCAACAUACUUGUUCCCAACUUAUUAAGGCUGGACUCAAACUAACGAUCGAGCAAAAACGAAAACAGCAGAGCGACGGAGAAGAUCUUCUCGACUUGGAUAAAAUAAAGAAGAUAAAGAAAAACGACUAUAGCGAAUCAGAAGAGGAUAAAAUCAAAACGGAACACGGGUUAACGGCGGAAGACGAAGAGAGGCGAAAACGAAGACGAGAACGCAACAAAAUCGCUGCGACGAAAUGCCGCUUGAAAAAAAGGGAGCGCACUGUUAACCUCAUCCAGGAAUCCGAGACCUUAGAAUCCCAAAACAUUGAACUGAAAAGCCAAGUUCAGGAGUUACAAUCAGAGAAGCAAUCGUUGAUGAAUAUGUUGUCCCUCCACAGGCCGCAGUGUCAGCACAAUAUUGGUCCAGUGACACGAGAUCAUAUCUACAGGCUUCCCCCAGUAAACACCGUCAUGGAAACGCACUCAUACAGUCGACCCUCUUCUGUAGACCACACCAUAUACAGAACACAAAACCUCGAUUUCUGUACGCGACCCACCAGUGUUGGGUUAGUGAAUCACCUCACUUACUCAAAACCUAAUUAUAAUAAACCGCCCAGUAUAAUAGUAGAAGAGGUAAACGACAAUUACGAACUAACUCAGUUCACUAACCUCGACAGUUACCCUUAUAGUUCGUCCUACAGUAACUCAGGUAUGGACAAUGGUUGUAUGGCGUGAUUAAUAGGCUUAUUUACUCUAGUUAGGAUCUUAGUUAUGUAGGUUUGAAGAAAAACUGACAAGCAACUGUCUUUUCUCUGCAGUCAACUACCAUUAUUGCCUUAAAGGCCUUGUUCUCACCAAAAGCAACUGGCGACCGCAGCGCAAUUGCAACGCAACAGCAACGCGACUCGGCUCUAGUGUUUAAAUACACGUGUUUCCACCUAGUAAAAGGCAACUCAACUACAACUCAACCAGUUGCUCAUUGGUUGUUGGCAACACUGCAUACCGCGUCGCAGUAGCCAGUUGCGGUCUACAGUUUCCAAGAAUCGCUUAGUCAUGUCGGGCGAGACAUCCAGAACUUUGAAUUUUGCACUUAUAGCUUUGCCGUAAUUGGUGUCUUUUGUGCUUAUUUCGAGUUUCAAGAUUUCUACUACAAUUUUAGCUGUAUUUGCUCAUCUGGUAAAAUCCAUGGCAUUUAACAGGAUCAUUAUUAAAUUCCUGUGCCACUAUAUAAAAACUAUAUCCCAAAUUUAUGGUAAAUAUAAAAACCAUAACCAAAACCAUUUUGGGCUAACCCAAAAUUUUCGGUAUGUUUUCUUUUCACACUUUUUCACUAGCAAGUAUUUUCAUCUGAAGACUGAAGAGGAUGACAUUUUGUUCAUGACUACCGAAAGAAGAGACUUCAAAACAGUUUAUUUCAGUAAGUACACAAGAGCAACUCAACUGAAGUAGCAGUCUCGUUCCAUUGCGUUGCAGUCGCCUUGCAAUUGCGUUGUGGUCGCCGGUUCUUUUGGUGAAAACACAGCCAAACAGUUUUUAUGAAUUUUUUUAAUGGUAAUUUUAAUAAUUUAAAUAAAUGUUACACUAGUUCACAAAAAAAUUAUACAAAUUAAAGUGAUGUUAUGCUUGUCAGUUAUCUUUGUAUUCGUAUAGAUUUUAAAAUACUUCGUUUUUUAUCAUUUUUUACUUACAUAUCUAUUUAUUUUAACGUUAUAUAUAUUUCUAACUGUUUAUAUUUGAGAAAUAUAUUAUACUUGUACAUAAUACGUUUACCAAAUUUUUAUUACAUACGAAUAAGGAUAUAUAUACCUACCUGAUGUGACCAAAUAAAAAAAAUCCCCGAUUACGACUUUUUUAUCUUGAUUUACAUCCAGCAAAUUCUAUAUUGGUGCUUAAUAUUUUGCUUCGUCAAUUUAGUGUUUAAAAUAGUUCUUGCCUUAUUGUAUUAUGAUCACAAACUAAUUAAAUUCUUGAAAAACUGUUUUAUACUUAUUAAAUAUCUGUCAAAACAAAAUACCCUCGAAAGAAAUAUAUACCUAUUAAGAUGUACCCUAUUAUAUGUAUAUUAUGUAACAUUUUGCAAACAGGUUGUAAGACCACAACAAAUCUAAAUUUAUUUUUCAGUCGACCCUCUGGUUCUACUUCUACAUUUACAUUUUUCUUCAAGAUUAAAAUGAUUUUUUAUAUUUAAGUUAGCUUAGAUUAGAGUCCAGCUUACCUUCGACUGGACAGUUGUUCUUUAUCUGAACCUCUUCUUAUAUUUUGAUAUAUUAUUGAAUCCACUUCACCCCAUUCUAAUAGUUUCCAUUGAUUUUGAAGGUUUCGAAUUCAUGCUUAAGCUGCGUGUGUAGCAAUAGGAAAAAUAAGAGCAUUGACCAACCUUCACCAGCUGACUGUAACAUAACCUAACUUAAAUGCACCUUGGGCAUCACCAAUUUGUUCUGGAGUUUUUUUUAUGAAAUUAAAGUUUAAAUCCAUAAAAUUAGAAUUUUCAAUUAUUUUAAAAAAUUAACUUAUAUACAAAUAAUAAGGGUAAUUUUUUUACAAUUUUCCUAAUUUAAAUGAUCAUCUAUUUAAUAGUUAUGAUAUAUUUUAUAACAAAGAACUGUUUUGUCACAAUAUUUACUUAUAAUAUGAGUAUAUUAAAUACCAGGUACCAAUAUGUUUAUCCUUCAAAAUAUCUGUACCUACCUACUAAAUUAUUUCCAAAUAUAUUUUUUUGUAUUGAUCCCAGUGAUAUUUUAUGGCCUUAAAUCCAAUUUAUAUCUUUACUAUCACAUUGAAUAUAGCUUUAAAAACCACGUUAGUUAGUACACUAGUGAUUUGAAAAGAGCAUACCUGAGUUACUUUAAGGACGUAGGCGCAAAAUUUCGCGCCAAUGUGUUUUAAAUUCAUUCAUUUUUUUCGAAUCCUGAGAAAAAUAAUGAUUUUUGAAAAAUUUAAACUCAGAAUGAAAUAUUACAUUCUUACCGAGGGUGGAAAGUCCCUGAGAACUUCUAUAAUGUUUAUUUUAAUAAGGUGCAGGAGUGAAAAAAAAAGAGAAUAUUUAGUGUGAUUUUUAAUUUCAAUUAUUUCAUUUGAAAGAUACUUUUUGUUUAUUCUAAGAGACUUUCGGCCCUCGGUAAUAAUGUAAUCUUUCAUUCGGCGUUUAAAGUUUUAAAAAAUACUUAUUAAUUUUCCCAGGAUUUGAAAAAAUGAAUGCAUUUAAAAAAACAUUGAAGCGAAAUUUUGCGCCUACGCCUUUAAAUGGAUUCUUUAAUGUAGGUAUUACUUUUAAUAAUAUUUUACCAGAUUAAAAAUAUAUAAAUAUAAUGAUAAUCGGCAUAAAUAUUGAGGGUAGAAUUGGUAGUCAUUCAAAAUAAAAAAAUUAUUUGUUUAUUAAAUUCAAUAAAAAAUCAUAAACCUAUCAAGUAACAUUAAUGUGGCUGAAGUAAAAGUAGUAUUAUUUUUUGCUAUAUCUGUUAAGAUAUUUAAAAAAUAUUCAUUUAUAAUAUUUUAUUGCUUUAUCAUUAUAUACAACAUCAUUGUGUAUACUAGUAUUGAAAAAGUACUGCAGGUGAAAAAAAGUCCAUCCAUCUGUUGAGGAUGUGCUAGUUUAUAUCACAAAGACUUAUUCCUUAAAUUAUGACAUAUCUUGCGAAUAAUGUUAACAAAUUCUAGUUGGAAUAAAACAAUUGGCUCAAGAGAUCUAUUUUUUUCUUGAAUAAUCAUUAAUUUCUCAUAGACUUUACAUAUUUAUAUAUUUUCUAACUGUCAGUAUCAUCAGAAAUAAAUAUAAUUUCAAUUUUAUCGAAAAAAACUUUUAUUUUAAAAAUAGUCAUUGUACUAGACUAUACAAUUAAAAACAAUAUCUUGAUCUUGUUUUUGGAAUGUAUAUUUUGGUUUUAGAGUAUUUUAACGCCUUCCAGUACAAACCACUCACUUCGAAGUAUAAAUUGACAGAAAUAUCUGAAACUGUCAAGGUUAGACCGAUCGAAAACUUUGCUGACGCAACGUUGUCAGAUCAGUUAGGUUUCAAAGGUUUGUCGGUUUUUUAUUUGUUACCUGUUUCACAUUAAAAUUUCCUUCUGCUUGCUCCUGCGUAAAUUUUAAAGCAUUUUGUAUAAUUUCACGGGAUUGUGCCCUUUUCUCCUAUUUUUCACGGUACUUGUAAUAUUCAUGUUUAUUAAAAAAAUAUUAAAUGUAUUAAAAUAAGCAACUAUUCGACGAUUUUAUCUGGCAAUGUCGCAGAUCCACUGAUUUCGUGCACAAUGCAUUUUAAAUGGAUGUUUACUGUUUACACAAACUCGUUUAAUUGAAGUCCUCUCCUUGAUUUGCUAUCUGAGUGACCUUCGCAGUUUUAUAUAUUUCUCUACAACUGCAGCUCUGUUAAUCCGUUGAGCUAUCAAUACAAAGAUCCAGUUUUUUCUAAUUACUUUUCUUGUAGAGUUUAUUUUGGAUUUGAAAUAAUUGGGAAUGAGAAACUUAAUUUAGUUGUUAUUCUAUGAAGAUGAUAUUAGUUGAGAAAUUAAUAGGAAAAGCCAAUUGGUUCAUUUUUAAAGAGAUUGAGUGUUUUUUGGACUGAAUUAGAAAGUGUUAAUAUUGAUUAGCAACUGCAAAUGUUACUGACUUACCUUUCCCGAUUGUGACUAGAUUAUAAAGAUUGUGAAUAUAAUGUCCGAUUUGACUUACUCCUCUUCUAUUUUUAUACUGUCUUAGGUUUAGUUACUAUUUAGAGUAUUCACAUCAUUGUUAUAUUUUACAUGUUACCAGAUCUGAAGUGAAUUCUAUAGUGAUGUUAAGAUUUUUAUAAAUAUAUAAUUGUUUUGUUACUAUUACGAAUGUACCGGAUGUCCCAGUCGGAAAGUGUACAUUUUUCGAAGGCAUGAAGAACCAACGGAUUAAGGUCCGCGCUCACUUAUCCGGAUCAAAACGCAACGGAAGGUAACACGACGAUCGGCAAUUUAAUAUCUUCGUGUAUUCAAAUGACUCAGCGCAUGCUUUAGGGAAACGGACAACAUCGAUUCAUACCGAAACGCGCCGAAAUCUCGGAAGAGAAUACUUUCGCCGAUACAGUGUAGUGUAACGUAGCGAUUCGAUGCUGAGUGAAUAGUUAGCGAUACGACAACGAAACUAAACGGAGAAUAUGAACGGGUGGUCCAAGGGUUGUAUAUAUUUUAAUGUAAUCAGAGCUUAAAAUAGAUGCCGAAUUCAAUAUGUUGCUGUCGGAAACCAUGCGUUUUUUGAAAACUAUAAAUUAGCUGAUUUUUAAUGUGAAAGAAUUAAAUUUUGUAUUUUGUUUUGUGAGAUCAGUUUUUACAAUAGAUAAGAGUUCUUGAUAUUUUUCGUAACUCAUUCUAACGUAUUGAUACAAUUUGUUUUGAUGAUCGAUUACAUUACUAAAUAAAGUAGCAAAUUCACUUUCAAUGUUUGGUUUUUUUACAAAUUUCAUGCUCCCACUUAUGAUGAUUCCUUUUUGAAAGUUUAUUUUGCUGUUCCUCUUCCGCGCACAACAAACUAACAAUAAUUAUUUUUGGAUCCAUCUUCUCUGAAAUAUGUAAAUACGCCGACUGAGCUGUCGGGAUUUUGCGAUGUGUUGCCGAUAAAUGCGCGAUUAAGCAUUUAGUUCCAGGCUGUAGCGUUCCGUUCCGUAGCCGACCGAUUCGAUCUAAUGAGCCCGGACCUUUAUUGGUCUACAAAGAGAAUACUUCGUCCUAGUAUCACCUAAUUAUUUUGUUCAUUUGCCUUUCCUACAAAUCAAAUUCAUAUCAUUCACUCAAGUUACUGUAUCCUACAUAAAACCUUCUACAUACCCACAUAACAAUUUCAUGUUCUUAGUAUAUUCAUAGAACUUACUUUUCAGAAAAGUAUAUGCUGAGAAUAUGCGUAAUUACCAUUGGGAAUGUGCAGAGCAGAUGCUGAGUAUAUACUACAUUACAGUACUUAAACGUUCUAUUUAUAUACUUAGAAUGUACUACCGCACUUCUUUUCAGUAUAUACCAAGAAUAUACUUUCUAGAAUAUUCUAAGGAGGUGCACAUCUUUUUAGUACAUAUAUGGGAAGAAUAUACCUAUUUUUAAGAAUAUUCGAAGGAAGUGCUAUAUUGCCCAGAAGUAUGUUUUCAGCAUCACCGAAUAUCAUCCUAGGUUCUACUUUCUACUAAGAAUUAUAUUUACUUAUUGGAUAUGAGAAUGUAGUUAGUACAUUCUACAAUAUUACUUAACCCUGCUGUCCUGUUCGGGUCUAUUUGACCCAAAAAAUAGUUUAUUUCUUAUUUUACAAAAUAUUACCCGGCGUAACGAUUUGGUGUUUCGUGACUUUAUUACCUAAUAUGAGUUCUUUCAAUUGCAUAUGAGAUAAAUAAUCAACUUCCUGAUUUUUUUGAUAAAAAUGAAAUUGUUACCUAGGGUAUGUUCGGGUCAAUAUGACCCGCGUAUUUAAACCGUUAAAAAUUACCUGUUUAUGUGUGUUUAGUUGGCAGUAUUCUAUAUUGGUAGUACCUGUGUGUUUGUCAGCCAGAUACGUCUGUAAAUAAAAACAGGUUUCUGCAAGCUAGAACUUGUAAAAUAAACAACUGUAGUAUAGCUGGACGAUGUUGCAAACCAAAUUGUAAAUAUGACCAACACGGAAAAACAGCAGGUCUUUGGAACCAACUGGAAAGACAUGAAUAAAGUUGGUUUCCAAGCAUACAUUGGUCUCUUAUUUUUAGCUCGAGUUUAUAAGUCCCAUGGUGACUCAACUAAAAGUUUGUGGAAUAAAGAAACGAGUCGUAGUAUAUUUCAAUCAACAAUGUCGCUUGAUAUGUUUACAAAAAGUGUGCAAGUAAUACGUUUUGAUAACAAAACUACUAGACAGGAUAGGAUACUAGACGUUUUGAUAAACUUGCUGCACUAUGUGAAAUUUAUGAAACAUAGGUAGUAAAUGUACCAACAUUUUUUAACCCUGAUGAAAAUGUUACCGUCGAUAAGCAACUAGCCUUUUAGAGGCCGCUCUCCCUUCAAAUGGUACAUUCCAAGCAAGCCAGCGAAAUAUGGCACAAAAGUUUGGAUUUUAUGUAGUUAUGAAUAGUAAAACUUCUUAUGUUCUAAAAUUGCAGAUCUAUACAGGAAUGCGUGUGAUGUGUGACUUGAGUAGACAUUUGGAAGGCCACAAUAUUACGUGUAAUAACUUUUUUACAUCGUCAAAUUUAGGAAAAUUUCUUCUAACACAAAAUAGAUACAAUGCCGGGGAUUAUAAGUAAAAUAACCCGGAGCUUUCAGCAAAAAUCGCGAAUAAAGAAGGUCAUAGCUCGUCUUUUUUGCUUCACGCAAGAUACCACUGUUGUUGACAAUAUUCCUAAAAAUGAUAAAAAUGUUGUUCUUAUGAGUAAUUUGCAUUAUGAAUCGAUGCAUCGUGCAUCACUUUCAUCAAAUAAAAAAGCCCCAAAUUAUUUUAGAUUACAAUUCCAGUAAGGGAGCAGUGGAUACUCUAGAUUAGCUUGUUGGCACGUAUACAUGUGAUAAGAGAUAAAUCGCUGGCCAAUGAUUGUUUUUUAUAAUGUGCUGGACAUAUCUGCCUACAACGCUUUCGUGUUCUAAUGGAAUAACAAUAAACAGGCAAAACGGCGAAUUUUCCUUGAGGAAUUGGGAAAAAACUAAUGAAGCCAGUCAUUAUUUCCAGAAAAAUAUACCAAUAACUAAAGACUCUCACGAACUGGUAAAAAGGACACGAGCGGAAGCAAGUAGACAAGAUGGAAAUGCUAGUGAACCAUCUACGGACAAUCUAACUCCGCCUGCUUAACGAGCACACUGUAAACUUGCCCUAAAAACGUUGACCAGACUAAUUAUUAUGUUGUAUAUAUCAUAAACAUAUGAGUAAAAUCCAUUCUUUUUAUUACUGUCAGUUGUAAACUGAAUUAAAUUUUUGUAGAUAUUUGUUACUAGGCUUUUUUUAAAGAAAAAAAUACUUUUUGUUUUUGUUAAUAAGGUUUAAUUUACAUUAACAACAUAAUUUUUGUUUAAUUAACCAUAAUUUCUUGUUAAUAAAGUUUUAUUUAUCACCAUUAUCUUAUUUUAUUUCGAUUAAGGAGCGUUAAUCAUAGUUGGGUCAUAUUGACCCGAACAGUACAUUUGUGUAGUUGACUCGAACGGGACAGCAGGGUUAAAAAGUAAAUAUAAAAUAUAUAAAUUUUAGUUAGUUAUAUAAAGAUGCUGAAUAUAUAAAUAUCUAUAGUACCCAAAUAUAUAUUAUGUAAUAUGUAUGAAAAUAACUCAAAUUUAUAUGUACCUACAUACAUACUUACUAUUUAAGUAAUAAUGAAGUACCAAAAUGAAUUUUUUAUUUGACCGCAAAAAAAAUAAAAAACUUAAUUAUGUAUGUUCCUAGUCCUUGUAGAAAUACUUGGUCUUCGUCAUAACACAGCAUAGACAGUGUUGAGUAUAGACACAAAUGCCAAAUGCCUAACUGUAACUAUUUUCAUAUUUUGUAUUUUCCAUGUAAAUUGUAAUUCCAUGUAAAAAAUAUUUCAUGAAAAUACUCAUGAUAAACUUAAUCAAAAUAGUAAAUUCAUUGCAAUUAUGAAAACGAAACGAGAAUUUCUCCUUUUACGUUAAUACAAUUAAUUUUUAAACUUUUUUUACCAUACAAUUAAAACAAUUUUAAAUAAUGAAUUCGUCCAAUAGUACCUACAUACAUAAAUUUUUUAAUUUUAAUAAUUAUUAUUUUUAACAAAGUUGAUAAUAUAUGGGCUAACAAUAUUCUUCCUAUAUAAUACAUAUAUUAUUUUUAAGAUAUUUUAAAAACACUUAUAAGUAUGUGUCAAGCAUAUACUUUAAUGAAUAUUCGAUAAAGGUAUAUUCUAUGAAUAAACUUUUUUUAAUAUUCCGACAUACUACGUACACGAAUGUGCUCAGUAUAUUCGGUACGAGAAUAUUCUUUGAAGUAUAUGCAAAGAACAUGAAAUUUAGAAUGUUUUUUAUGGUACAUGCUAUGCUUGUACUACGCAUAUACUAAAAAGAAUAUACUCCGACGAAUGUUGGCAGUAUAUGCUUUGAACAUGACGCGAAUAUCACUGUUAUGUGGGUAAAUAUAAUUUAUAACAUAAUAAGUUUUUUCACUUUUACACAGAUACAUAUAAACAAUAAUGGAAUUAGAUUGUAUACCUUUAGGUUGUUUACCCUUUUGAAUUGGUUGAGACUGAAAGUUACUCUGCUACUUAUAUAUAAAGUUUGGAUCGAUUGUAUACCCAUAUACUACUGGUCUUAGUCUCUUAGAAAAGUGUGACUGUAUUUAAGCAUUCCAGCUGUGACAUCCUGUAUCAUAUUGGUGCAUAAAACGCAUUCCGAAACUAAUAGAUUGUAGACUUUCUUACUUUCUAUUUUGUAUAAUUACAUUUCAUGUGUUAAAAUAUUUAUAUUGUGGAUGUUACUGCCAAAUUUUUAUUUUUAACUGUGCAGUUAAAUUAUAUUUUUUGUUUGUUUUUAGUUACAUAUUUUUUCCAUUUUUACUUAUUUUAUUAGAUAGUUUUUUAGUAUUUAAAAGUCUCUUUGUACCUCUUCCAAUUUUAAUAAGCAUUGUCGAGCGGAAUAAUGUAUUGUGUUAAUUUUUAUACCCUUUACUACGACUAUAAACUGUUUUUUAUUCUAAUAGGGCUUUUCAUCGCUUCUCAUGUCUUUCGGGCACUUGUCACGUAUCAUAUACUUAAUACAUUCAAUGCGACACAUGACAAGUGCCCGAAACAAAUGAGAAGCGAUGAAAAGCCCUAUUAGUAACAUUCUUGUUGAUUGUGAUUUCAUUUUGGAUCAGAUAAAUAUUUUAAUGUUAAUCUACUCCGCAUUUUUUUUUUGCCAUAUCUGUGCUGAUUAUUAUAGCCUAAUAGGCUAUUGAUUAUAUUCAAAAUAAGAUAGCUAAAAGGAACUACAACGUUAACGGGGUUUUAUUAUUUUUAUAUAGUCAAUGGACAUCUAUAUAUGAAAAAACCGCGGAGUGCUACCAUUUAAAGGGGUGCGUUUUUGAGAAAUGGGUGAAUUAGUCCCUGGGCGCAGGUUACAUUAGGGUGAGUUCUAUGCACUUUUGGUACAAACAUGUCUACAUAAAAAUUGUUCCUGGUUAAAUUUCCUACCUAAAUAUCACUUUUUAAAGUCAAUGACACUUUUUUUACAAAAAUAUAUUCAAAAGAAAAAGCACAAAGAAAUCCAAAAGAAAGAAAUUUUGUUUUUUGUCCCAUAACUUUUGUCCACGAGGAUAUAGAUAUAGACAUAUACAGAAAAAAAACCUACAUAUUUCUUCCUUAAAAUGUUGUUUAGUAGAGGUAAUUAGGAUUUAUAGUUUUCGAAAUAUGAUUUUCAAAGUUCGCCACUCACAGCAAUUUUGGGCAAUUUUCCUUGCUAUUUCGCAAAUAUUGUUCUGUAACUUUUUUCUACGUAACUUUAGGUAUAUGCAAUGGUACACGUAAUAGGAAUAGAAAUCAAUUACCUUUAAAAUGGCCUACCGUAUAACGUUGUACGACUUUUUUUUAAGAGAAUAUGGUUUUUCAAGGUUUUAUACUUUUAACGAUUUUUUUAUAAUAUAAUAUAAAAAUAAAAUAAAAUUAUUAUAUCAUAUAUUAUAUAUUAUAUAAUACCUAAUAUAAAAAAAAUAUUUUUUACAUUUUUUACGAUUAUUUUUGAAAUUUCUCAUUAUAACUUUUUUUUUUCUUGUACAUGAAUAUACUAUCUAUAUAUUGCGCAACAAAGAGGGCUUACUUUCUGUUCUUUAAAAUGGUGGUUUAAAAUAAACAUCAUCACGGGCGCCCAUACAAAAAUUUUCGGGGGGGGCCAGACGUGAAGAUAUUGCACAUUAUAUUUUGUAUACUUCGGAUAACCAUAUAUAGUCUACAGCAUCCGAAAAGCUAGGGGGGGCACGGCCCCCUGCUCAUGGGUAUGGGCGCCCAUGUGUAUCAUCUAUAUUUAAAUACAUAAUGGAAACCGAGUGAUUCUUUGAUAUUUUUAUACCUGUAUUAUUUAAAAUUAUUUCAUCACUUUAAUUAAAAUUAUUUAAACGUUGACAUUUAAAAAAUUUUCAAAAUAAAUCAAAGUCCAUCUCUUCGUUAGCAUUAGCUUCAAUAUCUUCCUCUGACACCUCAGUUAUCUUAGAGUUCCCCCAAUUAACACCCAUGCACAUGCACCCUUUGCAGAAUAUUGAACAACUAAUUCCUAUCUUCCUACAACCGCAGUUUUUUGUACAUCCUUUGGUACAUUUCCAUGCUAUUUUUCAAGCAAAGCUUGUGGUGCAGGAGCUUUGACAGUAAAUAUUGGAAUAAAUCCAUAUUUUGAAGUUUGCCCGGCCGAGUCAAGUGAAUCCAAAGUAUUACCUAUAAAAAAUAAUAUUUAAUCAUAACACACAAUCACAUAAAAAAGUUAUAAUGAGGAAAUUAAAAAAUAAUCCUAAAAUCAAAAAUCGUUGCAAGUACUUAUUACAAUUUCAAAAAUAACCCUAGAAUUUUUUAUAAUACACCAUUUUAAAGUAAAUAGAAUUUUCUUUUUUUUUAUUAUAUAAUAUAUACCAUAUAGAAAAAAAGUUAUAAUGGGAAAUUUAAAAAAUAAUCGUAAAAAAUAUAAAAACUCGUUAAAAGUGUAAAGUCUUGAAAAAGAUAACCUCUUUAAAAGAAGUCGUACAACAAUAUACAGUAGACCAUUUUAAAGGUAAUUGAUUUCUAUUCCUCUUACAUGUACCAUUGCAUAUACCUAAAGUUAGGUAGAAAAAAGUUACAGAACAAUAUUUGCGAAAUAACAAGGAAAAUUGCAGAAAAUUGCUGUGAGUGGCCAACUUUGAAAAAUCAUAUUUCGAAAAGUGUAAAUCCUAAUGAAAUCUACCAAACAUCAUUUUAAAUAAAAAAUAUGUAAGUUUUUUUUCUGUGAAGCAAUGUCUAUACCUAUAUCCCCGUGGACAAAAGUUAUCGGACAAAAAACAAAAUUUCUUUCUUUUGGGUUCCUUUGUGCUUUUUCUUUUGAAUAUAUUUUUGUAAAAAAAAUAUCUUUGACUUUAAAAAGUUAUAUUUAGAUAGGAAAUUUAACCAGGAACAAUUUUUAUGUAGACGUGUUUGUAUCAAAAGUGCAUAGAACUCACCCUAAUGUAACCUGUGGCCAGGGACUAAUUCACCCAUUUCUCAAAAACGCACCCCUUUAAAUGGUAGCACUCCGCGGUUUUUUCAUACGUAGAGAUUCAUUGACCAUAUGAAAUAAUAAAACCCCGUUAACGUUGUAGUUCCUUUCUAUAGUACAUAAUCAAUAGCCUAUAAGCAGAAUAUUGCUAGUUAAAUAUGGCUACAAAAAUUUUGUUUUAUGAGUGUAUUUAUUCUCUCUGAAGUACAACUCUCUCAAUAUUUCCUUGAAGACCUGGUUUUUAUGAACUCAAACAGAAGCCUUUUAUGAAUCUAGAAUAAGGUACCAAAAUUUUAAGAGCGGGCAAAAUAUAAGAAAACCAAGGUCUGCAGUUAAAUAUUUUUUACCACAUUUGUAGCCACCUUUACAUUAUCUGUUUGUUGUUUAUCUGCUGCAUCUAUUAAACAUUCGGCCUGGAGACUGGUGGUCAUUAAAAAUAAAAAAUCUGAGUCUUCCUGUUAGUCAUCACUGAUCAUUACAAAGUAGAUAUUGUAUAGACAUAUUAUAGUUAAUUAAAAAAUAUAACAAAAAUUAUACAGGGUGAGUUUUUAGUGCGGGAUCGGUCGAUAACUCCAUUAUGGUAUAAAAUAUCGAGAAAAGUUAUUUAAAAAAAAUGUAGGCAAUGAUAUUUUCCACGCUUGGAAAAUAUGUUCAUUUCUACAGGGUGAUCAGUAACUGCGUGGUAUAUCAAACAUAUAAUUUUUUAAAUGGGACACCCUAUAUAUUUUUUCAUAUUUAUGUUCCCCUCAUAAUUCUUGUUCAUAUAAUAUAUGGUUUUGCAUUACUAUACAGAGUAUUUAACAGGUUAUGACCAUUUUUAUUUCGAAAUCACUAUGAGAUUAACACCCUGUAUAUAAAGAAGUAAUUCGUAGACAAUAAUUUGUUUUAUGUAAUAAGAUAAACAAUAUACUGUAGUUUUUAAAUUAAGUCCAAUUCAUAUCAUUGACGAAUAUUUGUAUACAGGGUGAACUACAAAACCAAAUUACGAUUUUCUCUAUUUUUUUUUAAUGGAUCACCCUAUAUUUUAUUUUUUAACAUUAUUGUAUUUAAUAUACUCUUUCAUUUUUAUAUAGCAUUCCCUAUAUCUAAACUGAUUACUUUCCGAGAUAUUUUUAGUUUUCUUCAAAUUUCGGGAAUACAUUCAAUUUUUCUAGUAGAAAUAAGUUAGUAUUGAGUGAUAAUUAAACAAAAUUAUUUUUAUUAGAUAAAUAACUAACAUAAAAUAUAAACCAUAGCAAUAUGCAGUGAAUAUACCAAUAAAUAUGAUAUCAAGAAAUUAUCAUAUUUCUCUAAUAUACAAGAAUCGUAAAAUUCCUACAAAAAAAACUUUGUAUUGUAUAUAAUAAUAUAACAAGAUUAUUUUUAUUCAAUAAAUAACUUACAUGAAACAUAAAUCAAAACAAUAUACAACUGAUGUAACAGUUUUUAGAUUGGUAUAUCAACAGCAUUCUAAGCCAAGAAUUUUUUAGUAGAACAUUCAUUUUUAUAAGCACUUUUAAACUACAAAACAAAAUUACGAUUUUCUCAAUUUUUUUUAAUAGAUCACCCCAUAUUUUAUUUUUUUUUGAAAUAUUGUAUUUAUGAUACUCUUUCAUUUUUAUAUAGCAUCUCCUAUACCUAAACUUAUUAGUUUCUGAGAUAUUUUUAGUUUUCUUCAUUUGCCGGGAAUACAUUCAAUUCUUAUAAAUAUAAAUAACUUAACAAAUAAGUAUUAUGUAAUAAUAUAACAAAUAUUUUCAUUCAAUAAAUAACUAACAAAAAAACAUAAAUAAAAAAAUAAAAUUUAAUGAAUGUACCAAUUAAUGUUAUGUUAAGGAUAUAAGUCUAAAGUAAAUGUUGAAAAUGACCACUUUCAACGUCUAUGCAAUUUUGUAACCGAUAUUCAAAUGACCGAGCCACAUUUCUAACAUUUUUGUAGUCAAUAUUAUUAAAAGCUUCUUUUAUUUUAUUUUUCAUAUCAUCAAGCGUUGUUGGAUGCUUCUGGUAUACAAGGUUUUUUAUAUAGCCCCACUUGAAAAAAAUCAAUUUUGAAAGAACUGGAGCACCGUCGUAUAAAAACCUCAACCGUCAAAAAAUGUGGACCAAUUACAUAAUCUCUAACCAUAUCACCUUAAACAUUUAUAGAUCACCUAGUUUGAGUGUUAACCAAGUAGGGAUUUCUUGAUGCAUAUUAAUGAAGUUUAAUAUGAAAAUUAUAUUAUUAAUAACUGCGGGUCACAAUCUGCAAUUAGGAAUGUGUUACUAAAAACUUCUUGGCUUAGAAUGCUGUUGAUAUAAUAAUCAAAAAACUAUUAAAUUACUUGUAUAUUGUUUUGAUUUAUGUUUUGUGUGAGUUGUUUAUUAAAUAAAAAUAAUCUUGUAAUUUUAUUAUACACAAAAUACCUAUAUAUUUUUGGAGGGAUUGUAUGAUUCUUGUAUAUUAGGGAAAUAAUGAUAAUUCCUUAAUAUCACAUUUAUUGAUACAUUCAUUGCAUAUUGCUAUGGUUUAUAUUUUGUGUUAGUUAUUUAUUGAAUAAAAAUAAUUUUGUUUAAUUAUCAUUCAAUACCAACUUAUUUCUACUAGAAAAAUUGAAUGUAUUCCCGAAAGUUGAAGAAAACUAAAAAUAUCUCCGAAAGUAAUGUUUAGAUAUAGGGAAUGCUAUAUAAAAAUGAAAGAGUAUAAUAAAUACAAUAUUUUUGAAAAAUAAAAUAUAGGGUGAUCCAUUUAAAAAAAUAGAGAAAAUCGUAAUUUGGUUUUGUAGUUCACCCUGUAUACAAACAUUCGUCAAUGAUUUCAAUUGGACUUAAUUUAAAAACUACAGUAUAUUGUUUAUCUUACUACAUAAAACAAAUUAUUGUCUAUGAAUUACUUCUUUAUAUACAGGGUGUUAAUCUCAUAGGGAUUUCGAAAUAAAAAUGGUCAUAACUUGUUAAAUACUCUGUAUAGUAAUGCAAAACCCUAUAUUAUAUGAACAAGAAUUAUGAGGGCAAUAUAAAUAUAAAAAAAUAUAUAGGGUGUCCCAUUUAAAAAAUUAUAUGUUUGAUAAACCACGCUGUUAUUGAUCACCCUGUAGAAAUGGACAUAUUUUCCAAGCGUGGAGAAUAUCAUUGCCUACAUUUUUUCUAAAUAACUUUUUUCGAUAUUCUAUACCGUAAUAGAAUUAUCGACCGAUCCCGCACUAAAAACUCACCCUGUAUAUUUUGAUUUUCUACUGAUCUUUUCUCUGGUAUUAAACAUUUGCAUUGUAUUUAUAUUAUAUUCAAUACAUUUUUUCGUUCGGUAUGAUCUGCUCCAAUCAUGAAACCUUUUAUUUGUAUGAUUGGGUCAGAUCUAUUUUUGUAUUUUCCACAAUUUUGUACUAGUUACUUAGGCAAUUAUUGCAAAUAAUUCGCUUUAAGGACUUUAUUGCUUGAAAUAUGUUUAUGCUCUAAGCUUUUUUACCAUUUUUAAACACUUUCAACGAACUCUGUUGAAAUUUAAAAAUAAGAACAAAAAUCAGGAAAGAAAUAAAGCCUUUUAAAAUUAAAGGUAACUUGAAAAAAAAAAGAUAAACAAAUAUAAGAAAAUUUAUCAACCUGUUUUUCGACCAGCGGCGGAUCCAGCAUUCUUAGAGGGGGCCUAUAUCGGCUAAAUUUCUAGAAAUUUCUACUAUACCGGCCCAUUUUAGCCUAUAGGCUCACCUGGGAAAGUCUCGUACUUUAUAAAAUAUAUUUAUAUGUUGUAAUUCAUAUUAAAUAAUUUAAAAAAAAAUCGUAUAAUUGUCCAUAUAAAAAAAACUGAAUGUUUUUAUAAUCUUUGUAUAUAAUUAAAAAAAGUUAAAUCACUUCGUUUGAGAGGGGGUCCGAUUGCCCCAUCGCUCCCCCUUGGAUCCACCGCUGUUUUCAAGUUUGUUUUCUAGACAGUAAAAUAUUUGGUAUCUAUGCACACGAAACUCCGAUUUUAAAAGAACCCAUCUUAGCGACAUGGGUUAAGUAAAUAGUAGCACUAAAACAGUAUUUUGUACAAAUCUAUGUGAAUAUCAGAUAACACGAACUAAGUGUGACAAUUUGCACUAACUACCUAAAUAUUUCAAAGGUACGCCACUGAAUGAAUUUCGAGCUUCCUAACGUUUCGUCGCUCUGCAGAAUCGGGUAACACAAGCCAAAAAUACGUAAUUUCGCACGCCACGCAUCACAUACUUGAACGUCAAGUAAUACUCAAUAGGGAACUUGCAUACAAUUUUAAAUUCGACAAAAAAAUUAUAAAUCACAACAGAACAUGUAAUUUAAAACAUAUAUCAAAGGUAAAAAAGUUUUGUUUGGCUUGCGUUUGGCCCCUAAAGACGAUUAAAAACUUCAAAUUAUUCCAGCCAGGUCAAAACGCGUUGUGACGUGUUCUGUUUAUAUGUUUACAUUCUUCCAACAAAGUAAACAGAAUUUUAAAUUAGACGUUAUAAACGUCAGUAGAAAAUACAGUUAUGUGACGUUACAAGUGUUUUUGAUCGUUUGAACUAUUCAUAGAAAACUUGUACUUUUACAAAAUGGUUUUAUUUUCCGUAGUAAACCUUCUUUCCUUUCCUUCAAUAACUAUAUCAAACUCCAAUGUCAACAAACUGGUAUAUAUUAUUACAAUGACAUACGAUAAAUGUUAAAGUCGCUUUUACCCCACUCUCGCAUUGGUAGUCGCAUAGAAACCUACGGGUUUUAACAGGGAAAACCCGCAUCCACCACUGGUGAAUUACAAGUUGCGUACUGCCGGUAUUACUUCUUGAGAUCAAAGUGCCGACAUGAGAGGUUUUACUGUCCCUCUUUAUACUGUGGUUAAACUGUGUGACAUCACGGGUCGUUUGAACUAUUUUGAAAUAGAGAAGACUUUAAAUUUGUACUUCUAAGUUAUUAUGAAUUUUUGAAAAAAUGCGCGUAAAAUGAGCGUAAAAUUUUGGAAGUCUCAUUUUUAUACAAAACUGAACAUUAUUAUGUAAUAAAAAAAUGUGCAAGUUCCCUAUUGAUUCAUUAUUUUUUGUCGCUGAUUCUCAGGAACUUUUAGAAAUUGGCAAAAUGUAUGUAUUGUUGUUCAUUGAUGAUUGGCAUUUUCAUAUUAAUCAAAGGCCCAACUUUCAUUUCUAAAAAGUAUUUAUAUAAUUUACUGGGUAAAACAAAAAAUUAAUUAAAAAAUACUGAUUUUUGUUCUUAUUACCAAUGUUUUGAAAAAGUUGGAGUGUUUAAUAAAUUCCUUUUGAUAUUUAUAUAAACUGUGCCUUUUUUAUCUCAGGAAAUGGCAUGAGUUUUUCAUCAAAAUUUCAAAAGACAACUACUUAACAGAGAAAAUUGUGAUAAAAAAAUACUAAUUUGUCUACUGCCCGGUCUGUCUGCCUCGUAUAUAUUUCCGAAUAAGACAUAUUUCGCACAAGAACACUCUAAAAAGGGUAACUAUAUUAUCAUGUUCUGCUACAUAAUUUUUUCAAGAACGAUAUGUAGGAGUAUAUCAACACAUGACAGUAUAUGUCAUAGGAGUAGAAUUUGUCAGUCUCUAUGUUUGAAUUGUUAAACAACACAGCAUUUUAACAUCAUUUUGGCCUCGCAUGACCUUAUCAGACACUGGGGCUGAAUACAAAAUCAAAUACAAAAUUCCAACAACCGCCUCCUCUCACUAAGUAAAUAUUUCCUACUUAAAGUAAUAUCAUACAAAUACUACUAUUGGGACCGUACAAGUUCGGAAAAGCGACACCUGGUUUCAUAGCUCGGCAAUAUUUUCGCACUUUUAAUUAUAUUGGCCAAUCAUAUUGGUCCCGGUUGCUGGAUAAUUGUCAAGGCCGUAGCUCAAAAAAAAAUUAUAAGAAAAAAAAGUAAGAUUUAGGUUAUGUUAUUAAAAGGUAAAUAAUUGUAUGUAGUAAAUAAAAUUAAUUAUUAAAAUACAGUACUGCAAGCAAAAUACAAUUAAUUAAAUAUACUUUUAUAAUAUAAUAAUAGCAUAUCAUAUCAAUAUUGUGAGCAACAUAUAAUUUUUCUUCUUCAAUGACAGUAGGUAUGAAAUAUACGUCAAUUUGACAAUUUCAAUUGACAAUAUGAAUUAUUUAAGAAAGUUGCAAGAUUUCUCCGCUAUUCGCGCACGACCGUUUCUCGUAUCCCCUCCAAGUACUUGCACACCGCGAAUACUGUACUUGUGCUCUUAUGACAUGUACUGUCUUAAAUACAUCAAAGAAAUAGCAAGCUUUUGCUAGAAGACGUAAAUUUUUACAUAUUAGUACACUACAACUGCACCUGUCAACUACCCUACCAUGUGAUAUAAAGUUACCUUUGCAGAUAUGUUGAUCAAAUAAUAAUCAACAACUUCUUUGACAUUUGACAGAGGUGGUUUGUAAUGUAGUUAUACAAGUGUUAUGACGUGUAAUAUUCAUUAUUAACUAAGUAUAGCAGGUAUUAAACAGACCGGGCCUGUAGAUUCUUGUUUUCUACAGAAUAUAAAGAAACACGUUCUUGUGCCAUCACAUAACUUUUAAUUUUGUAACACAAAGUUCUAUUUUUGUAUAAAAGUUUUUAAAAUUAAGGAAACCUAAUAAGGCCUAACAAACUCCAUUUUGCAAAAAAUUAACUAUUCAUGUUUGCCCAAUGAUUGUUUUGAACAAUAAUGUGAUUUCUGGGUAUGCUAACUUGUCAAGAUGUUCUUUUAUGUAUAAUUCAGCUGAAAGAAUAUUUUGGGAACGUGUAUACUGUAGUUUUUUCCAAAAUGAUUUAAUCAAGCUCACUGCUAUUUUUAAAAUUAAAAAAUCACAAAAAUAUCUAUUCUAAGUGCUUUUGUUACCUACCCAAGAUACAAAAUGGGUUGAUAAAGUAAAAGAAUUAGCCGUAUUUUUUAUUUUGAAAACAAAUAUAUACACAUGUUUAUACAUUUUUUUUGUAAUACGGGCUAAUUUUUUUAUUUGUUAGUAACUAGGAAUUAUAUUUUGUCAAGAAUUUUGUACCUUAUUCACAAAUUGGUUAAAAAUAAACAACUUUAAAAGAUAA